AUGCAUCGCUUCGCCGACAUCGACAACCCUCGUGACCUCCUCGACGAUACCAGUGCAAACGAUAUCUAUCUGGGGAAUAACAGGAUGAGCAUCAUGGCGCAGAAUAUCCAGCCGGACCUGGCUCUCACGGGCGAGCUAGGAGGAAACACGGAAACAACUUCUCGGAUUUUGGACAUCGUGACUGGCGUGUCCAAUCAAAAACCGUCUCGACGAAGGGAUCUGCUGAAGCAACCACGUCACUCCACUGUCAAGAGCCCCGAGGAAGGAUUUCUGGAAGCGGCCUUUUCGUGGGCUGGGUCUCUGAAUCUUGUUAGCCAUAGCUUCUCAGUCACACUUCUCAACCCACCCUUCACAGGAGAAGGAGAUCAAAUCGGUUCAUCGCUCCUUCGGGCAGCCUCGCCGCGGCUCCAUCAACUCCGUGACAACUGGGCUAAGUUUUUGGUUGAGUGGCGACUUGUCGCUUCUGGCCGACUCUCCAAAUGGAGUUCACAGCCUGUUCUGGCCGACGAAAGGAGUUCACAGCCUGGUCGCCACAAUUUGGAGAUGCCCCCAGAUCAUCGGUUGUUUGCCAUCACCGUUCUCCUACCGGUCUCUCCGGAUGGCCUGGAGUCACCACCGCCCACAGAGAUUUCUAUGAAACCCGACAAUGGCAAAGGAAGAUGGCGUGAUGAUGUCGACCCAGGACAUUCACCCAGCGCUCACAUGGGGAGUUGCUUGGCGUGGAAAUGUCGGUCAAAUACAUCCCAGGCCAUAGAAUCGGCUGGAGUGUUCGCCAACUUUCGCUGGUUUCGAACCAUGGAAGAGGAUGUUGGAGGUGAAACACAUGACAUCGUGGGGGCGAGGGCCGGAAAAGGAGUGGCGAACUUCGGAUGA